AUGAAUUUUUUUGAAUUUUUUGCCAACAUGUUUGUUGAUCAUCAGCAACUCACUGCAGACUUUGUUAUUAUAUUUGAGAUGUUAUCAAUUAGCAAGAAUAUUGUAAAAUCAAGCUUGAAAUUGAGCAAUGGUGUAAGAUCAUUCCACAGCAGUGCUCAAUUGAUGGUAAAUCAAUCACGUACUGGAUUUGAAAAGGGAGAGUCACAAGGACAGUUUUCACGUGCCUACCCAGUCAUCGAUCACACUUAUGACGCCAUCGUUGUUGGUGCUGGUGGUGCUGGUUUGCGUGCAGCUCUCGGUCUCACAGAAAAGGGACUCAAGACAGCUUGUAUCAGCAAGUUGUUCCCCACACGUUCACAUACCGUUGCCGCACAAGGUGGCAUUAACGCUGCGUUGGCCAAUGCCGACGUGGACGAUUGGAGAUGGCACGCAUACGACACUGUCAAGGGCAGUGAUUGGUUGGGCGAUCAAGACGCCAUCCACUAUAUGUGUCGUGAGGCUGUGCCCACCGUGCUCGAGCUCGAGCAGUAUGGUGUACCCUUUUCGCGUAUGGAUGAUGGCCGUAUCUACCAACGUGCGUUUGGUGGACAGUCCAAGAACUUUGGCAAGGGUGGUCAGGCCACACGUUGCUGUGCUGCUGCCGAUCGUACCGGUCACGCACUCUUGCACACUCUCUACGGACAGUCGCUCAAACACGACACUAAAUUCUUUAUCGAGUACUUUGUCACCGAUCUCAUCAUGGAGAAUGGCGAGUGUCGUGGUGUCAUUGCCUACUGCAUGGAGGACGGAACCAUCCAUCGUUUCCGUUCGCACGCCACCGUGCUCGCUACCGGCGGUUACGGACGUGCCUACUUUUCGGCCACAUCCGCACACACCUGCACCGGUGACGGUAACGCCAUGGUCACUCGUGCCGGUCUCCCAUGCCAAGAUCUCGAGUUUGUGCAGUUCCAUCCAACCGGUAUCUACGGCUCGGGCUGUCUCAUCACCGAAGGUGCCCGUGGUGAGGGUGGUUACCUCCUCAACUCUGAGGGUGAGCGUUUCAUGCCCAGAUACGCCCCAUCCGUCGCCGAUCUUGCCUCGCGUGACGUCGUGUCGCGUUCCAUCACCAUGGAGAUUCUCGCCGGCCGUGGUGUUGGCCCAGAAAAGGACCACGCCCUCCUCAACUUGACCCAUCUCUCACCAGACAUUAUCGAAGAGCGUCUCCCAGGUAUCCGUGAGACCGCCAUGAUCUUUGCCGGCGUCGACAUCACCAAGGAGCCAAUCCCCAUCUUGCCAACCGUCCAUUACAACAUGGGUGGUGUACCAACCAACUACAAGGGUGAGGUUGUCACCCGUCAACCAGGCGAAAAGACCGACACCGUCGUCAAGGGUCUCUACGCAGCCGGUGAAGCUGCCUGCGUGUCUGUGCACGGUGCCAACCGUCUCGGUGCCAACUCGUUGCUCGAUAUUGUCGUCUUUGGUCGUGCCUGCGCCAACACCAUCGCCGACACACUCGCCAAGGACACCCCACACCGUCCACUCCCCGCCAACGCCGGUGAAGAGUCGAUUGCCAACCUCGACAAGGUCCGUUUCGCCGACGGCACCCGUUCCACCGCCGAGCUCCGUCUCGAGAUGCAAAAGGUCAUGCAACGUCAUGCCGCCGUCUUUAGAGAUGGACCUAUCCUCAAGGAGGGUGUCACCAACAUUGACAAGUUUGCCCAAUCCCUCAAGACCGACCUCAAGACCACCGAUCGUAACAUGAUCUGGAACUCUGACUUGGUCGAGUCACUCGAACUCCAAAACCUCAUGACUCAAGCCGUAUUGACCAUGCAUUCAGCCGAAGCCCGUAAGGAAUCUCGUGGUGCUCACGCUCGUGAAGAUUUCACCGAAAGAGACGACGUCAACUGGAUGAAGCACACACUAUCAUAUUUGGAUGUUGAAACUGGAAAGGUCACUUUGGAUUACCGUCCAGUCAUUGGUCACACUUUGGAUGAAGCUGAAAUGCACUCUAUACCACCAGCCAAGCGUGUCUACUAA